AUGGCCAACGAGCUGGCGAAGAAUCAGGCGACGGAGGAGCAAAUCGAGGGCAUCUGCGAUCUCCUGCGCUCCAACAAGGUCGAGAAGGCGCUGCAGUUUGUCCAGAAGGAGCUUGGAGACGUGUCGAAGGCCAACUCCAUGUCUGUCAAGCAGCUUGGCCAGCUGGUCAACGCCGUCGGCCUCCGGACACCACAGGAGCCUUUUUUUCUGCCAGAUCCGGCGCUCCUCGAACUGCCAACCGUGCCUCUUCUAUAG